GACGCAAUGGUACAGCAGAAGAAGAGGCGAAACGGAAGUGGAUUUUGUUACUGACUAGACCACCUCUCGGAAGCUAAAUUUAGAUUGUUUAAUUUGGAGAUUUAUAAGAUAUACCGCACAACUUAACAGCAUGAUGUUCAACAGACAGACGAGUCUAUGGAUGGGAGAUCUGGACCCGUACAUGGACGAAGACUUCAUCAAGCAGGCGUUCAGUGCUAUGGGCGAGUCACCUCUGGGAGUUAAGAUCAUCACUCACAGAAUAACAGGUGGAUCUGCAGGAUACUGCUUUGUGGAGCUUGCGGAUGAAGAGAGUGUUGAGCGUUGUGUGCAGCGUCUCAAUGGAAAACUUGUUCCUGGAUCCAACCCGCCCCGCAAGUUCAAACUAAACUAUGCCACCUAUGGGAAAAGACCAGAGCCAGGGCCGGAGUUCUCAGUGUUUGUUGGUGACCUGGCCUCUGAGGUGGACGACUACCAGCUGCACCAAGCUUUUAAGAAGUUUCCCUCCUGCAAAGGAGCCAAAGUGGUCACUGACCAGUACGGCUAUUCCAGAGGCUAUGGGUUUGUCAAGUUUGGGGACGAGAAUGAACAGAAGAAAGCCAUUGAGGAAUGUCAAGGUACAAUACUAGCCGGCAAGCCACUCAGACUGAGCAUCGCUGUUGCAAAGAGUCAGAAGGUGGGCACUUACCAAGCUCAGAAUACAUAUACCAACUACAGUCAGACCCAAACCCCUUACUACGGUGGCACAGGUGGGACAGGAGGGUACUACCCACAAUGGGGCACUUAUGAUCAGUACAGCAGCUACGGCAGCAGCUACAACAGCGGCUACAAUACUGGCUAUGGCACUGGGUACAGUUACAACUACAGCCCAUACGGCUAUCCCCCUCCUGGGCACAUGAUGCCCCCACCUCCUGUGGGUGGCUCAUCUGCACCCACAGACACAACAACUGCCACAGAUCAAAGUCAAGAAGCAACCAAUCCAGCAGUGGUUGAGAGCACAGAAGAUCCUCUUGCUGUCUGUGACGUGGACCAGUGGAACAAAGACUUUAUGCAGCGCAGUGAAGAGCUCUAUGAGGCUUUAAUGAACUGUCAUUGGGAACCAUUGGACUCUACGGACUCACCCUUUCCCUCAUCCUGAUUGCAGAGACAUACACAUUAUUUUAGUAUUUUUACAGUACUUUUUUGUCCUCCUCUUUGAAGUUACAUGGAAAAUGCCUCACAAAACGGCUUCAGUCAUCAGUACCAAUCGUGAUGCAUAUUGUCUCUGUGAAGUCAAAACUUUACCAAGUUACCCAGUUUCAAAUUAUGUGGUCAAUGGAAUCUUACAUCGUCUUUCACCCAAUUCAAAUGUAAUUAAAUAUAUUUUUUAUAAUUUUAAUAGAUGAAUGGGUAGAAAACAGAAAUUCCCAGCUGAGUAAACGGUUUCCUAGUAGAAGUGCAAAAAUCUAAUUCCUGUUAAUUACAGUAUUAACACUAUGAACUGUAUUGCCCCAUGAAAUUGUUGAACAAGCAAAAUGUUGCAGUGUGAAAUUUUGUAAAUAUUUUCUGUCUGAAAAUGUUUUACCC